AUGAUAGAGGUUGGUCGUGAGCUUCUUCUAGGUUUGAGUGAGAGGCUUGAGGUGAGUUUCGACUUCGUAAGUAUUUCGAUGGUUGUAAACGAUGACGCAGCAGUGCCUGAAGACGAGGAAGAUAACUUUGAAGGGCACAUAGAAGAAUACAGUGCUCCAGAAGAACGGUUCGAGUCUGCUGUUGAAACUGCCCGCCGGGAGCGUGAAGAAAGACGCAAACGUUUGAGAAAUGAACGCCCGGAUGACAGACCUGUGCAUGUGUCUCGGCAACCAGUGCAUGAUCAAUCCUUUCCAUCUAAACACUAUAAAUCUUAUGAUAAAAGCAAACUUCCUCCUGGCUGGUUGGACUGUCCUGCAUUUGGCCAGGAGAUUAAUUGUAUUGUUCCUUCUAAGGUUCCUCUUGGUGAAGCCUACAAUGACUGUAUUCCUCCCGGUAAAAGAUACUCUUUUAAACAAGUCAUUCACCAACAACGGGUUUUAGGAAGGAAAGAUAAGAAUAAUAUCUUGAAUAAUUCUAAGUUCUAUCCACUUAAUUUUCAGCUUGGUCUGGUGAUUGAUUUGACAAAUACUACCCGCUACUAUUCAACAUUAGAUUUGAAGAAAGAAGGUAUCAAGCAUGUCAAGAUAUGUUGCAAGGGGCGUGAUGCUGUACCAGAGAAUGCAGCUGUAAAUACCUUUGUUUAUGAGGUCAUGCAAUUCCUCUUGCGUCAGAAACAUACAAAGAAGUAUAUUCUCGUUCAUUGUACACAUGGGCAUAAUCGCACAGGAUAUAUGAUAGUCCAUUAUCUAAUGCGUUCACAGCCAAUGUCUGUCACUCAGGCAAUAAAAAUAUUUGCUGAUGCACGUCCUCCAGGAAUAUACAAACCAGAUUAUAUUGAUGGCUUGUACUCAUUUUAUCAUGAAAGAAAGCCAGAAAUGGUAGUUUGCCCACCCAUUCCAGAGUGGAAGAGGUCUUCUGAAUUUGAUCUCAAUGGUGAGGCAGUGCCUGAUGACGAUGAUGAUGGAGGUUCAGCUACUAUCGUGCAUGAAAAUCGUGAGAUGGAUGUUGUGAUGACAAAUGAUGAUGUUCUGGGGGAUGAAAUACCUAAUGACCAGCUGGAUGCACUGCGGCAGUUCUGCUACCAAGCACUUAAGCUGAAUGUUCCUGGUCCAGCUGAUAAGACGCACCACUUUACAUUACUUGAUGGCGAGAUGAUUAUUGAUACUUUGCCGGACUCUCAGAAAGAGAGAAGAUACCUUAUCUAUGAUAUGAUGGCAAUCAACCAAGUGUCUGUCAUAGAGCGGCCCUUUCAUGAACGAUGGAAGAUGCUUGAAAAAGAAGUAAUUGAGCCCCGAAAUUACGAACGCCAUAAUAUUUACCAGAGUCGAAAUCCAUAUUAUAGAUAUGACCAGGAACCGUUCAGGGUGAGAAGAAAGGAUUUCUGGCUGCUUUCUACUGUUACCAAGGUCCUAAAGGAAUUUAUUCCAAGGCUUUCACAUGAUGCAGAUGGUCUUAUUUUUCAGGGUUGGGAUGAUCCUUAUGUUACUCGCACUCAUGAAGGCCUUUUGAAAUGGAAAUAUCCUGAAAUGAACUCAGUUGACUUUCUAUUUGAGGUUGAUGAUGAUGAUCGUCAGAUGCUUUAUCUGCAUGAACGAGGGAAAAAGAAACUGAUGGAAGGCCACAGAGUUGCAUUCAAAGAACUUUAUGUCAACCCUUGCAUUUAUACUGAAAACACUGGGAUUUCAAUGUAUAAUGGUAUUCCAGCUGUUGCUAGUCAUAUACUGGGCAAAUGUAUUGAUUCAGAUCCCUCUUCAUACUCUGGGAAGAUAGUUGAGUGUUCUUGGAAUUCAGAUGAAAAUGUAUGGGUCUGUAUGCGGGUCCGGACUGAUAAAUCAACUCCAAAUGAGUUCAAUACCUUCAAGAAGGUGAUGCGAAGCAUCAAGGACAAUAUAACAGAGGAUGUGUUGUUGAUUGAGAUUGAUGAGAUCAUUCGCCUGCCCAUGUAUGCUGAUAGAAUCAGGAUUGAGAGUAAGGCUCAGCAGCAUGCAAAUGCAGCACGGCGUAGGGGAUGA